AUGUCUUCCCUUGGACAAGCAAACGAGAAGGAGGCACACACGCCUCCCCAACCCCAAUCGCAUGAUGAUUCGUCGACCGAAGACAUCGAACGCUCGUCCAAGGCCAUCAAGGCUAAGAAUGGUGCCACUGACGACAUUGUCGAAGUAAGCAGCACGGUCGACUCUGAAGAUGCUCUCGUUGCUGAACGUGUCAAGCAGGCGCAGGAGGGCGGUACGAUCGUCUACCGCACACUCUCGUGGCAAAAGGCUGCCAUUCUCCUAUUCACCGAAUACGUAUGCCUUGCCAUUCUCUCGUUUCCAUGGGCCUUUAGCUAUCUCGGCAUGGCAGGAGGCCUGCUCGCCACCUUCGGUAUCGGCCUCGGAGCGCUCUACACUUCGCUCACCCUGUGGAGGUACUGUCUGCGUCACCCGCACCUUCUCAACAUCUGUGACAUUGGCUACCAGAUCUUUGGCAAGAGCAAGAUCGCCUACGAGCUUACGGCGCUGGCUCUCAUCCUCAACAACGUCUUCAUCAUGGGUCUGCAUACGCUCACGGGCUCCGAGAUUCUCAACACGCUUUCAGAACAUGGCACUUGUUCGCUUGUGUUCUCCCUGGUCAUCAUGAUUGUCUCCAUCCUUCUCACGCUACCGCGAAAACUUGAACAGCUCACCGGUCUCGGCAUCGUCUCUGCCAUCUCCAUGUUCAUCUCGAUCCUGCUAGUGCUCAUUUUCACGGGCAUUCAGGGCACUCAGCCAGCUGUCGAGAACUUCUCGGAACCUGUCCACAUCACCGCCUUUGCUCCCAAGGGAACCAGCUUCGUCAAUGGCUUUUCGGCUGUCCUCAACAUUGUCUUCACGUGGAUCGGCCACAUCAUGUACCCUACCUUCAUCGCCGAGAUGAAAGAUCCGCGAGAAUUUCCGAAGGCACUUUAUGCGGUCACUGUAGCUGAAUUCAUCCUCUUCAGCGUCGCGGGCAUCGUUGUGUAUCGCUACACCGGACAGUAUACUACGGCUCCUGCUGUGGGAACACUGCGCCCUGUCUUCAAGAAGAUCGCCUUCGCCUUUGUGCUUCCGACCACCAUCAUCAUUGGUGUUCUGUACGCCUCAGUGGUCGCCAAGUACCUCUUUGGCCGCAUCUUCAUGGGUACCAAGCACUAUAACAAUCACACUGUCCUCGGGUGGGCUGGCUGGAUCGGCUGCGUGACCAUCACUUGGGUUCUUGGCUGGGUCAUCGGAGAGGCAAUUCCCUUCUUCAGUACGCUUCUCUCGCUCAUGAGUGCGCUCUUUGACUGCUACUUCGGUUACAUCUUUUGGGCCUUCGCCUUCUUCGAGCUCUACCGCGGUCAACUAUGGGUAGGCCAAUCCUGGCUGAGAAAGACUGAGACUGCUUUCCAAUUCGUCUUGAUUGCUGUCGGGCUUUUUGUGCUCGGACCGGGGACGUACGUGUCGGUAAAAUCCAUCAUCGAUAACUACAACAACGGAAGCAUCAAGGCACCCUUUACCUGUGCCGAUAAUUCGAUCUGA